AUGUCUGACGGGCAGUUCGGGCUCGAGCGGUCGCGGUCGCGGCCAGCGCAAUCGAUCGCCUGGCCCGGCGCUGCCAUGUACGCGUGCUGCGCCGCCGCCCUGCAACGGCUCACCGCGCUCCUCGGGUGGGCGGCGCUCGCCCUCGCGUCGCUCUGGUGGGGACUGCCGGCGCCGCUGGUGUGCACCGCCAUUUGGCUGCUGCUGCGGCCUCUCGCCUCUGCCGCAUUGGCUGCCGGCGCCAGCGAGGCGAUCCCUCCCUGGCUCAGCGAUCCGUGGGGCCUGUGCGCCCACGCCUUCUGCCACGUGCACGGCGUCCGCAUCUACGACGCCGCCGACGCGCCUCCGCGGCUGCUGCUCCCGGGGGUGCUGCACUUUAGAGGCGCUGUCCUGAUGAACCACCGCUCGUGGGGCGACUUCGCGGUCGAUCCGGCGCAGGCCCACGCGGUGGUCAUCGCGCGCACCGCCGCCAUCGCCGCCACAAUGCUGAGCGGCCUGCUCGGCGUUUGCGCCGGCCGCGUGCUCGCCAUCUCGAGGAGCGACACGCCGUGCUGGGCAAAGACGGCGCGCGAGGACCUCGCGCGGCGCUGCCGGAGUCACAAGCGGUACCUGCUCUACCCGGAGGGGACGCGGCGCGCCUUUGACGCCAACGCGGACGAGCCGGUGCCGCUCCGCGUGGGCGGGCUCAAGAAUGUGUACGAGUCUGGCGACGCGGCGCUGGUCGUCAUCACUGUGGGGAAGGAGAAGAUCAUGGACGAGCGGAGAGGGCGCGUCUCCUUCUCGAGUCGGCUGUACCGCGCCACCUCGGAGCCGCUGCACCCGUCCGACCACAGCACGCUCGACUCCUUCCUCUCCGCCGUCGACGACGCGUGGAGGGACGCCUGGAGGAGGGCGUACCAGCUGAGGCACGACCACCUCGAGCACGAGUGGUCCGAGGCGCCGCUGCGCAGGGAGGUGAGGACCGCGCCGAGCGAGAGCUUGACGCGUUGCCACUCGUCGGAGCAGCUUCGGCCGCAGCCCUCAUGCUGA